AUGCUUGAUUCAAACUAGUAAUUUGGACAAGUAGGAAUUUUGGACCCUCCGUAAACUUAAGCAAUAAAUCCAGUAACAAAUGUAGAUUACAAAAUAGAAAUAGUUGAUCCAAUAAUAAAUAAAAUAAGUGUAUAUAAUAUAAUUUUCAAAACAUCUAUUAUGCUACUUAAAGGAAGUCAUAUUUUAAUUUCUUUUGAAAACACAUAAUUAUAAAUUCUUUAAGACAGUUAAUUUUCAGUUAUUACAGGUCUAACAGGUUCUCCAUAAUUUUAAAUGCUUUCAAAUAAGUUAAUUAAGAUAACUAAUUAUGAUAAUGUAGCUUUAAACGUAUAAAUAAAAAUACAGAUUACAAAAGUUUUAAAUCCUUCAUCUAAAGGAAAUACUAAUAAUGUUAUUGUUACUACUUGGCUUGAUGGCGCUUUUACAAUUUUAGAAAAAUUAAUUUAUGAUGCCGAGUUAUUAAUAUAGGCAGGAACAUUGACUUAAUUAAAAGUAGGAGCAUUCAAAUAAUAUUAUAACGAAAAUAAUUAAUAUCCUUUUGUUGAAAACGAUAUCGUAUAACAUGAAGUAGAUUUUAUUUUGGCAAAUCCUAUUCCUGAGACAGGAUCUAUAGUGAUUAAUUAUUUUAUUGAAUCUAUAAUAGAUGCUAACACCAAAUUUUAAAUGAGAGUUAUUCUUGGUUUGGAAGAUUAAUCUUAAGAUAAAAAAGUAUUAAUAGUAAAGGACGGAACAUCAAUCAAAAUAAGUUAAUUUAAAUAAGUGUCUGAUUAAAAAUUAAUAAGAGUUUCUUUUGAAAUUAAUAAUGGAGCGUUAGCAUCUUACUCUAAUUUUUCAAUAAAAACAUAUUUUACAUUAAAUUAAAGUUUUCUAAUUGAUUAAGCUAUUACAGGAUUAAAUUUGGCUAUAAAUAAAGCUAAAUUAGACGGAACAUCUUCUAUAUCAUAAUCAAAUAAUAUUGUUGGAUAGGCAAAUGAUAUUACUUUUACAAUUGAUUAAGACAUUUAAAUAAAUCAAUUUUUCUAUAUUUGGAUUCCUUUGGGCUUUACUUAUAAUAAUAAUUAUAUUUCUACAAAUUGCAACUUUGCUGCUCCUGUAUAAUCAUAUUCAGUUUUGUAAUUUAAAGCAACAUCAACAUGUACAACAAAUGGAAUUAAAUUAUUAAUAAAAGUCAAAAAUAAUAACAUUCCUUAUAAAUAUUAUCCUUUUGGAGUUUCACUUGUUGAUACAUCUAAUAUAAUAUAAGUAAAAAAAAAAAAAAAAAAAUUAAACAAAAAAAAACAGAAACAUAGCACUAUAGGAUUAAUUGAAUUAAUAUAUUCUACAGGAUCAACUUUCUAAGUAAUUUAAUAAUCUUAAGAUUGUCAAAUGGACUCAAUUACAAAGAUAAAAUUUACACCAAACAAAGAUAUUCCAUAAUCAGUUUGGGUUUAAGAUUAUACAUAAGUUUCAAGUAGAAUUUUACUAAAAUUUCCUGUUUUAAAUGCUUCUCUUUAAUAAAUUUAUAAAAUAGAUCUUGCAGUUAAUAACCCUAAAGACAUUCCAUGCUAUGGCAGAGCAGGAAUAAGUCCAUAUGAUACUGAAAUUUUAUGUUAGUUGAUAUAAAAUGGAAGCGACUAAAAUAACCCAACAAUAGUAUAAAUAACAAACUAUAAAUAAAUAGCCUCUUUAACACCAGUUGAAUUACAUUUUCCUGAUUUCUAAAAUCCCUCUUCAACAUUAACAUAGCCUACAAUAGAAAUUGAAAUAUAUGCUACAAUUUUACGCUAAGAAUAUUAAAUAUUAAAAGAAAGUUUUAACAUACCUAUUUGCAAUGCUUCAAUAGCUGUCCAAGUUUCAAACAAUAAUGCUCCAAUAUUUAAUCCUGCAUACGUAAAUGAAGAGUCGAAAACUUCUAUUUUUUACAAUUUCAAUAAAUAAUUAGAUUCUGGGGAUUAUAUAGUUUUUGCCUUCCCUUAAUUAUAAAUUACAAAUCCAAUGGAAUAUAUAUUACCAAUAAAUGGUCUAAAAUGUUAUAUUGGAGUAGGAAAUGCUUCAGCUAAAACUUGUUACACUUAUCCUAAAUCAGGGUGGCUUUUUUUUGAAGUUGAUUAGACAUUUACUCCAGGAAUUAUUUAUACAUUUUAUAUAACAGGAAUAAAAAAUCCAACUUUUGCUUCUGAUUUUUAAGGAACUAUGAAAUUAUUAAGUUUUAAAAAUAAAAUGGUAAUAGAAACUGGAUUAUUUAAUUCUUUUACUUAAUUCAGAUAUGGAACAUUAAAAACAUCUAAGGUAACUACUUAAAAGUAUGAAUCUUUAAGAACAGAUGUUUCUUAUGAUUGGCUUUUUUAAUUCCAGAAUAAUAUCCCUGAAAAUGGUAGAAUAGAUUUAAUUUUUCCCAAAAACUAUUAUGAUUUAUCAAGAGAUUUAAAUGAUAAUAAUAUACCAAAACCAAAAAUAUAAAUAUUUUAUGGAAUAGAAUCAAACGACUCGCUUCCACUAACAGAUAAAUCUCAUUUUGAAAUAGCUGUUAAUACUUAUACAAUAAAAGGUGUAAAAGCUAUAUAAAAAGAAACACUUAUAUAUUUAAGAAUUAACCAUGUAAAAAAUCCUCCAAUAGAAGGAAUAACAAAUUUUUUCGAAAUAAUGUCUAAAAAUUAAGAAGGUUUAACCAUAGACUAUAAUCGUAAUAUCAGAACUUUAAUAAUAAAAAGAAAACUUCCAGUAGGUAUAAUAAAAUUCAAACAAUUUAUUGUUAACCCAGAUAAUGGUAAUCCAAAUACAGUUGACUCAUAAAUAGUGUUUUGUAAUGAUGCUUUAAAUCCUACAAAUUCAUUUAAUUAUGAUGAAAAAUAUACUUAAAAUUUUCCAGGCACAUAUACCAUAUAAUUUUAUCCGAAUUACGAUAUCCAACCUUUAGGAAUAAUAUAUUUACAAUUUCCAAACGAUUUUACAAAAGAAUAUUUUUAUGAUUACCCUAAUAUUCGUUGUUAUGUUUCUGGAGCGAUGAAAACUUUCAAAAGUUGCAAACUAGAUGAAUCAGGUAACUUAGCAAACCAAGAAAGUUUAGCAGUAGUAAAAAUAAUAUUAGAUGAUUAUCUAUAUGUAGAAGAUGGUAUGGAACCAGUAAUAAUUAGUAUUAAAAACGUUAAAAAUAUAAGCCCUGAAUUAAAUUCAGGAGUGGUUGUAGUAAAAACAGAAUAUGAUUAAGUUAUUUUAGACGAAUCUGGAAGUACAAAUGAAAACAGAAAAGUAAUAACAGGAGUUGCUGCUCGAACUUUAUAUAUACAUUCUUUCAAUUAUUAUCCAAGAAACGAAGGAUAAUCAUCAACUUAUAUUAUCGAUUUGGUUCCAAAUGAAUAAUUGAAUGAAAGUUCUAAAAUUAUAUUUUCUUUUUCUUAUGAAUAUUCUAGAAAUUUAGGAACAAAUAUAAGUUGUAUGUACAAAGAUCUUCAAAAAGAUACAUAUUAUUAUCCAAUAACAUGUAUAGAAAAAGAUUGGACAAUAACAAUAACUAACAUAUAAAAUAUGGAUUAAAAUGAUAUAUUAAAAUGUAAAAUAAUAUCAAUAAAAUUAAUUAAUAUUAUUAAUCCUUAUACUAAUAAUAAUGUACUUCCACCUAUAAAAUGUUUCAUAAUGAAAAAUAAUAAUGCUGCAUAUAGAUAUAUUUCAAAUGUAAUACCAUAAGAUUCAAGGUUAAAUUUAAGUUCAGCUCCUGAUAUAUUAUUUAUGAAAUAAUUAAGAAUAACCAACAAUAAUAUUAGAGAACUAUCUGAUUAUAAAUUUAGUUUAACAACUUCUUAACCAAUAUAAUUUUAUCAUACUUAUAUAUAAUUUUAAGAUGGCUAUGAUUUGGAAAAUUUAUGGUUAACCCCUCGAUAAUUAACACAUAAUUCUAUUACAAACAUAGCAGAUCUUUCUUUAUCUGUCAUUUUAAAUGAAAUAUUUAUUUAAUCUAAAUAUAAAAUCUAAUAUAAUAUUCCUCAAGAUAUUGAAAUUCUAAUGGAAAAAAUCCCUAAUCCUUAUGAUCCUGGAGUAUAACCUGGAUAUCCGAUUGUAUCUUUAUAUAAUACUGAUAGCUUUACGAUUAAAUAAAUGACCUUUAACAAUCUAAAUAAUUUUUUAACUCCUGAUUUUAUUUAAAAAGGUAAGAUUGUAACUAUUGGUACCGAUAUUAGAUAAUUAAAUAUACAAAAGGGUGUUUGGUCAAAAUCCAUUAUUGCAUAAAUUCAAAACACUGAAUCAAGUGAAAUAAAAAUAACGCCUAUUUGUUCUAAUAAUCUUGUUAAAUUUUAACCAAUAAUAAUAUCACCUGGAAAGUAAGAAACUAAAUUCUAAAUAGGAGUUUCAAAUUAAAUAUAAGUCUAAAAAAUUUUUAUCACAUUUAAAAUAGAUUUCAGUGGAUAUAUAUAAGUUAGACCUUUCUACCUUUACUUUGAUAAAAAUUAAAAUGUUUUAAUAAAUAUUGACCCGAUAAGAACUGUUACUUCAGGAGGUAGGAGUAAACCAAUAAAAGUAGAAUUAGAUAAUUCACCUUAUGAUGUUUUGAAUGUUAAUAUAAGUAUACUAGGGAAUGAUCCAAAAUAUAUAAGUGUUUAUCCUAGUUAAAUAUAAUUUAGUGAUAGUGCAUUUAUAUCGUAUUUUUGGGUUUCAGUAGAUCGAAACACUGAAGGCAUAUAAGGAAAAGUAUUAUUUUAUUUAACAGGAAAUGGAACUGAUGAUGAAUAAAAAGAAUUUAUAAAAAUAUUUAAAUUUUAAAAUCGAGUAUAAACAUUCUUAAUAGUAAAACCUGAAAAUACAAAACCAUUUAUAUUUUAAUUUUCAAAAGAAAAUACGUUUGAAGGUUUAAAAUUUGACAUAUAAGUAAGUAAGCCAAGUACUAUCUAUUACUUUGUUUCUUCAAUACACAGUCCACGUUUACCUAUAGAAACAAUUCGUUAAAAAAAAAUGACUCAAGAUUAUUACGGAGCGUCUUUUUUAAUGGGUGAAUUUAUAUCCACAGACUCUACAAAUAGAUAUAUUUUUGAAUUAAAAGGACUUAAAUAAGAUUUCGAUUAUACCGCUCAUAUUUAUGUUGAAGACUAUAGUGGAAAUUAUUCAGAAGACGAACUUACUUUUGAUGGAAGAACUUUGGGAAAAUCUUAGCUUGGAGAUGCUGAUGUUUCUUAAAUUUAAUUCGAAUGGCUUGACAGUGAAAUUGAAAUGGGAAAAAUAUAAUCAAAUUAUGCCUUCAUUUAAAAUAUUGGCCUUAAGUUUAGUGGAGUUGUACAUGCUAUUGUAGUUCGAAAAUAUCGUAGAAUUUUUCCAAAUACAUCAGAAGCAGUGCCAGGUUCUAUUAGAUAUUUAGAUGAUUUAGGUAUUUAGCCUUUUUCCAAAAGAUUUUUAGGCUAAGUUUCUUCAAAUACACAUAUUUGUAAAACAAGCGACCUUAAUUAACUUUCUAUAAUUUGUGAUAUUGUUGCUAAUCCCCCACCAGAUAUUUCAAGAAAUGAUGAUCUUGAAUAAAAUGAACCAUAAACUCCUUAUCCUAGUUAAAUUUAUGCAGGGCUUGAUGAUUAAAAUUUAAAUCCGAAUUAUAAAACAAAGGAAUAUUUUCCUGUAUAAAUAUUUAUAUAUUUUAUAUUUAUUAUAUUUUAUCAUAGUCUAAUCUUAAUUGGAUUAUAUAAUUAUAAAAUCUUUAACCUAAAACAGAAUAUGUGGUAUAUUUGA